UCAUUUUUUCUUCUCUACCAAGGACAAAAAGAGAAAAAAAAAAAACCUACCUAGCUCAAAUGGAAAUGGGUGAGAAUGACGAUGGCCAGUACGAAUUGACGGAUCUCCGGCGAGUGUUAGCGGGAAGAAACCAAUAUUUUCCGGCGAACCCACAGCCCCAAAACCCUGAUUAUGAUCAUCAUCACUUUCUUCAUAGAAACAUGUUGCAGCAAUCAGCAGCUACUUCAAGGCUGGUCUUGCCUCCUGUUGCUGCUGCUGGUGGGUCGGUAGGGUUUGAUCAUAAUCAUUUCAAUGACACUAAUCAUAGCAGGUGGCCGAGGCAGGAGACUCUUACUCUUCUUCAGAUCAGAUCCAGGCUUGAUUCCAAGUUCAAGGAGGCUAAUCAAAAGGGUCCUUUGUGGAAUGAAGUGUCUAGGAUAAUGCUUGAAGAACAUGGGUACGAGAGAAGCGGCAAGAAAUGUAGGGAGAAGUUUGAGAACCUCUACAAAUACUACAAGAAAACAAAGGAAGGUAAAGCAGGAAGACAAGAUGGGAAGCACUACAGGUUCUUUCGCCAACUUGAAGCCCUCUAUGGAGCUGAUAGAACAAAUCAACCUAAUCAAGAUCAGAGUCUCAGUUACUCGAAUAACACAUCUGAUCAAUUCGAGACCUCAUCAUCCACAGAUAACAAUGAUCAGAAUCAUGAUCUUUCAGCCAUUGCCUUUAUGAUGAAUCAAACCCAGAAGAGAGAAAAUGAUGUUGAUCAGUUCCAUGGCUGUGAAAGGGUGAGAAGCAGGAGAGGGUGGAAGGAAAAGGUGAAGGAGUUUGUGGAGUCAGAGAUGAGAAAGGUAAUGGAGAAACAAGAGGUAUGGAUGGAAAAUAUGGUGAAGAACAUUGAGGAAAGAGAGAAAGAAAGGUUGUGUAAAGAAGAAGAAUGGAGGAAGAACGAGGUUGCUCGAUUGAAUCUCGUUCACGAAUCUUGGGUGAAGGAGAGAGCUAAGGUUGAAGCUCGGGAUGCUGCUUUAAUGGAGGUUUUGAACAAGUUGACCAGCAAAAGAGUACCACAAGUCUCAUCAUCACAUAUUCAAAGUAGUGAACUUUCAAGCUUGGGAUUACCAAGAUCAUAUCAAGAAACUUCUGGGUAUUUGCCGAGAGGCAUAUGGGAGGAGAUAGAAGGAAAAAUGGGAUGCUUGGGGUAUGAAAGGACGUCAAAUGAAUGUAAAGAGAAAUGGGAAAACAUGCAAAUCAAUUUUAAUAUAAUAACAGAGUGUAACAAGAAGAGAAAAGAGGAUUUGAGAAAUUACAGAAGUUAUUUUCAGGAGCUUGAACAACCCUACAAUGGCGGCCAACAAAAUAUCAGCAAAGAAAGGCUUGAGAUCAACGAGGACUUAUCUUCUAAUUCUUAUGGGGACAACUUAACUCAUCAGUGGGGCUUGCUUUCUCAUUCUCAGAAAUGAAGAAUAGUGUCUGUGCAUGGAACAGGUAUAAAUGGCAAGGGAAAAAAUAUAAUUACCCCACUCUUCGUGUAAGGUUAUAUAUUAUUGUUCCGUGUAUAUA